AAGCAGUAACUGUGCUGUAUUGUUACAAUGAGCAGGACUUGCGCAGAAACCAGAAGAGGAUAGCGGAGCUGAACGCCACCAUCCGGAAGCUGGAGGAUAGGAACACGCUGCUCGUUGAUGAACGAAAUGAACUGCUGAAGCGUGUCCGAGAAGCUGAAAAACAAUGUAAACCUCUCCUGGAAAAGAACAAGUGCCUCACAAAAAGAAAUGAUGAGCUGAUGCAGUCUUUGCAGCGCAUGGAAGAUAAACUCAAAGCGGUCACUAAAGAAAAUAUAGAAAUGAGAGAAAAAAUGACAUCACAUCCUCCUUUAAAGAAAUUAAAAUCUCUGAAUGACCUGGAUCAGGCUAAUGAAGAACAAGAAACUGAGUUUUUGAAGCUUCAAGUUAUAGAACAGCAGAACAUAAUUGAUGAAUUAACAAGGGAUAGGGAAAAGCUCAUUCGUCGCAGAAAGCAUAAAAGGAGUUCAAAGCCAAUUAAGAGACAUGUGGUAGAUGCAGUUUUUGGGUAUGAUGAUGAUUCCAUGGACUCUGAAACAUCUUCCAUGGCCUCAUACAGAACAGAUAGAACACCAGCAACCCCGGACGAUGAUUUGGAUGAGAGCUUAGCAGCGGAAGAAUCAGAGCUGCGUUUUCGACAGCUGACAAAGGAAUACCAGGCCCUGCAGAGAGCUUAUGCACUGCUGCAGGAGCAGACAGGAGGCAUUAUAGAUGCUGAAAGAGAAGCCAAGGCUCAGGAGCAGCUCCAAGCUGAAGUCCAGAGAUACAAAGCCAAAAUAGAAGAUCUAGAGAAAACUUUGGCACAGAAGGGACAGGACUCGCACUGGGUGGAAGACAAACAGCUUUUCAUUAAGAGGAAUCAAGAGCUUUUAGACAAGAUAGAGAAACUGGAAGCAGACAACAGCCGUUUGCAACAGGAGCUCCAGGAUGCCCGAGACCAGAAUGAGCUGCUGGAGUUCCGCAACCUUGAGCUGGAGGAAAGAGAGAGACGGUCACCACCAUUUAAUCUCCAGAUCCACCCAUUCUCAAAUGGUGUGAGUGCUCUGCAGAUCUACUGCAUGAAGGAGGGAGUUAAGGAUGUCAGCAUCCCAGACCUCAUAAAGCAGUUAGACAUCCUAGGUGAUAAUGGGAAUUUAAGAAAUGAAGAGCAAGUGGCCAUAAUUCAGGCUUCCACUGUAUUGUCUUUGGCAGAAAAGUGGAUCCAGCAGAUUGAGGGAGCUGAAGCUGCUCUGCACCAGAAGAUGAUGGAACUGGAAAGUGAUAUGGAGCAAUUUUGCAAAAUAAAAGGUUAUUUGGAGGAAGAAUUAGACUACAGGAAGCAAGCUCUUGACCAAGCAUACAUGAGAAUCCAGGAGCUUGAAGCCACCUUGUACAAUGCUUUGCAGCAAGAAACGGUGAUAAAGUUUGGGGAACUGCUCACUGAAAAACAGCAGGAAGAGCUGAGGACAGCAGUGGAAAAACUAAGACGUCAGAUGCUGAGGAAAAGCAGAGAAUAUGAUUGCCAGAUUCUUCAGGAGAGGAUGGAGCUGCUGCAGCAGGCUCAUCAGAGGAUCCGAGAUUUAGAAGACAAAACUGACAUCCAAAAGAGGCAAAUCAAGGAUCUGGAAGAAAAGUUUCUAUUUCUAUUCUUGUUCUUCUCUCUUGCCUUUAUUCUUUGGCCUUGAUGUCAAUGUGCCUCUUGGAAAGGUAAGACUACUUCGCUUAUUUCCUUGA